UAUGAGAACGAAAAUUGGUUUCGAAACUAUUUUCAUACCUCCUGCUAUCCGAAAGAUUGUUAUGGCGAACAGUUUGGAAGUAGUUCGCGUAACUUAUAACGAGAUAGUAGAAAUUGCAGAUGAAAUUGAAAUGGAGACAGAAACAAGUGAUUCAACAUCAGUAAACAGAAUGUCAGUGCAGGAGAAAAAGAAGAAAAGGGACACCAAAAGACCCGCAAGGGCAAUUUAUCAGCCAGGAGUCUCACGGCUGUCCCGUAACAAAGAGGAACAGAGCAAUGGACAAAUUGAAACAAAAUCUCCUUUAGACAAAGAAUCAGGUCACCCUACCACAAAGCAGUAUUCACCACAUAAUAAGCCACAGAACCGUCCUCCUCCUGUUUCUGCCAAGUCUGAGGGACAUGAACCCAUCUUGAGAACUCAACAAAAUACACCAACUCAUCAGAAAUCACAUAAGGCAGACUAUAGUGAGAAACAGUUUGUACCUGAAAAGUCCAGACAUCUGAAAGGUGGAAACAAUGUUAGAGAGCCUAUCCAAAAUGUAACUUCGAUUGAGGACAAUUCCAGAUCGAAUGUCACAGUAGUGAGUCAGGUUUUUACACCCUCAAAUAAGCAUGCAAGAAGUGGUGGGAGAGACACUGAUGUAGGAUCACAAAUCUUUUCCAGUCAAAAUGAUCAAAGAGCUUUAAAACAUGAUAAAAUUCCUGCUCUUAUGGAUAUCAAACCAUUUGGACGUGGUAGGGGGAGAGAUAGAAGUGAUCGCAAUAAACUUACUAACCCAAAACUUCAGAGCCCCAAAAGCUAUGAAUCUAAUCAGCAAAAUCCACAAGACAUGACAAGUGCAAUCUCUCAGAGCGAUAGUAAGCAAAUGAACAGGGCACAUUUAGAUUCAGGUAAUGAAAGUCUGACUAUCACUGUGGAUUUAGGACGGAGUGGCACCCAGAGGCAAGUGACAACACAGAAAAUAGAUACGAAGAAUGAAGCAACUUGGCAAGCAGAUAAGUAUUCUGAUAUUCGUAGGAGUCCAAGUUGCACAGUUGCUGCUCAGCCAGUAAUUCAAGAUCACCAAGUAAUAUCUGUUCCUUCUGAAAAUUGGCCUUCAGAGUCCAAGGAAAAAAUUGUCAAAGUGGUCUCAGAGAACUGGCAAGCCCAUGAGAGCAAUGAUCAGACGGAAGCAAUGUACAAGAGCUCUGAUCAGCCAGUCCUUGUUGCAACCUCACCAGCAUCAGUGGUGAAAAUUAAAUCCGAAAAUAUAUCACAUGUACCAGAAAAACAUCAAGAAAUUGAUGCAGUGGUUGAGGAUCAUGACAACAGGGGACAAAGAAGAAGAGAUGAUAGGCGUGGAAAUAGAAAGAAUGGGCAAAGAAAUCAAAAGCCAGGAAAAGGUAGGCAAGAUCGGUACCAGCAGACUUCUGGAAGCCAAAGUCAUCCCCAAAAAGAUAGUCAAGGUAUAAUGAAGUUGUCCAUUACAGUGAAUAAAAAUGUCAGAGAGGUUCGGAAUGUAUCAAAUGUUAGUCGAUCUCGAAGCAGCUCUGAAUCUGAACCAGAAAGGAAACCGAAGAAAGACAGGCAAUAUGUAGGAAGAAAUCCAGGGGAAAAUUGGAAUAGAGAACCUGAACAUAGAAGUACUGAACCUGAUCAAAUGAAGCCUAGAGGAGGUGGUAUCUUAAAACUUCCCAGUGAUCCUGGAAGUUUUGUUGGUACACCUCCAAAAGCACAACCUCAAAUAGUUAGUGCUCCUGGAUCAAGUCAGUACAACACCCAUUACCCUCAAGCUGAGCCACGUCCCCAACGUCAGCGUGACCACAGAGGACGGUCAAAACGUGGAGAUCAGAGUCGCUUGUGGGAUCCAAGCAGACCUAAUGAGAAGCCUGCCAUACCACCCAGACAGACACAGCAUGAGGAAUUACAGUUCUAUGAUCCUGAUGAAGACAACCAGUAUGAAUACCCAAGUAGAACCGGAUCUAACCAGUUUGAGGGCCACCCAAAUCAGUAUACUGCUUACAAGCAGCAACCAGUGGGACAUGCCAACUGGGCUGAUCAGGUUGAAGCUGGCUACACUGAGCCUCCCCAAGAGUACUAUCAAAGGAUCCCCCCUUCAUCACAAGAAUAUCUCCAGCAAACUAGGGCGCUGCAGACCCUCCACCGAGACUCUGCCAAGAGGUUGCUGCGUGAUGCUGAAAGGUAUUGCAGUGAUUUACGAAGCGUCAUUGAUCGAAGGCUUACUAGCGAGGAAAGAUUAGCAAAAGCUUUUGAAACUAGGAGUGACCUUGAGCAGCAGUAUGAAGGUGUGGUGCUCCUGGAUUUGAACCUCUGCCAUGAGAAUGGUGUCGAACAGGUCCUUUGGAAGUAUGCAUAUCAUCAGGUUAUUGAAGCACUGCGUACCGAGCUACAGGAUGCGGAUCCAGAAGAUGUUGGCUUGUUGAAAUCCUGGUUGCUUAAACUUUUGGAUCAUGGUACAAGUUUUUAUGAGGGACUGAUAACAAAAUUGCAGUCAUCAUAUGGGUUCAACUUACAGCACCAUACUACUUGUCUUGACCCAUUACAUUCUGAGAAAACGAGGAAGAUCAAGCUUUGCUUAUUGAGUGCGCAGCGGUGUAUGAUUGCUCUUGGAGACCUCGCCAGAUACAAAGAACAUGCCAAUGACACCACCAAUUUUGGAAAAGCCAGAAGUUGGUACCUGAAAGCACAGCAGUUAGCCCCAAGAAAUGGCAGACCAUACAAUCAACUAGCACUACUUGCCCUUAACACUAGAAGAAAACUGGAUGCUGUGUAUUAUUAUAUCAGAAGUCUUGAGGCCAGUAACCCUUUUGAGUCGGCCAGGGAAAGCUUAAACACACUGUUCGAAGAAGUUCGUCGAAAGGUUGCCUUCACUGAACAGUCUAAGAUGGAGGCAUACAAGAAGAAAGUGGCAUUGAAACGCCAACGAACCAAAGACCACAACAACGAGUUGAGUGCUAGAAGGGAGGUCUGGAUAUCACAUGAUGGGCAUAGAGUAGAAGAGAAGAAAGGUGAUGUAGAAGAUGAGGAGGAGGAUGAAGAGCUUGCUAAAUUGACACCUGUAGAGUUGAACAAGCGGUUUGUUGUUAGCUUUCUAAACGUCCAUGGAAAACUUUUCACAAAGAUUGGAAUGGAGACAUUUGCAAUGGCAGUUGAAGGGCUUCUGAAUGAGUUUGCUGCCCUCUUGAAUCAUAGCCCGCCCCCUAUCAACAGUACUAGACUCCUACAACUUAUGGCCAUCAACAUGUUCUCCGUCAAUCACACUGGAUACAAAGAUCCUCAAGAUACAUACCAUUAUGGUCGAACACCUCUUCAAGAACAAGCCAUUCAGGUCGGCUUACAGAUGUUUGCGCUGCUCCUUCAUUCCAGUACACUACUCCUAAACGAACACCUUGAUAGUCCAACUUUUAAAGAUGGCAACACCUUGAACGAGGAUCUGCGAGAGUUGUUACCAGGUGUGAAGGUAUGGGCUGACUGGAUGAUGUCACAUGUCCUGCUCUGGGAACAACCGCUCCUCAAUCCCAACCACUACAGUGCCACAAAAGAUGUGUGGGAAGAGAUUGCAAAUCUUCUGAACACAAUUAUUACAAUUGACUCAUCACCUACCAAUUUCUCACUAACAAAGAAAGAAGGCUGGCAGGAGGUUGUACUACCAGAGGAUGCAGCAAUGGCAGGCUUUGUACCUCUGCAGACCAUUCCAUUACAGCCAUUUUAUGUUCCUCCAGGCCAGGAUAAGAUUCCUUCAAUGGACAAGGUACGUGUGAAUGCGCUAGUGACAUGGGGUAACAUCAUGGAAGGACAAGAGUGCCCUCUUGUGGCAUACAGUGCUGCUAAGAAGCAAUACUACUCAUGUGCUCCAUCACAAAACCAUCCACUAUUACAAAAUGAUAAAAUAGAGAAUGAACAUUUAAAUAUGGAGAAUGAGGUGAUUGGAGAAGGUGAAGUGUUUGUUGAGGAAGUUGAAGGAGAAGAUGGAAACAUCAGGCUGUUGAAAGAACAUAAAGAGCAGCUCCAGAAAAAAUUAGAGGAACAAUAUCGAAAAGAAAGGGAAAUUGAGGCAAUUGUCGAAAGUCAUCGAACACAGCGGCAACUAGUCUUGGAGAUCUCUCCGACCUAUCUGGUUCCAGACACUAACUGCUUCAUCGACCACCUGCAGGUUAUCCAGUGUCUGGUGGAAUCCAAGAGGUACACUCUGGUGGUGCCACUUGUGGUGAUCACCGAGUUGGAUGGUCUUUCAAAAGGAGGUCGUGAGGAUCAGUUUGCUAAUUCUGGGCAUGCGAUGAUGGUGCAACGUAGCUCUACACAAGCAGUAGAAUACUUAGAGGAUGAGUUUGAGAAACGAAACCGACAUAUCCGAGCUCUUACAGCCCAAGGAACUCCCUUGCAAAGCAUUUCUUUCAGAACUGAAGAAUCCUCCAAUAAGGGAAACAAUGAUGACUUAAUACUGAACUGCUGCCUAUACUACUGUUCAGAUAAAGCAAGGGACUAUAUGCCAAAAGAAAAGGAUGCACCCAUAUGCUUACGAAGGGAAGUAGUUCUACUGACUGAUGACCGUAACUUACGGGUGAAAGCGUUGAAUCGGAACGUACCGGUCAAGGAUAUUGUCAGCUUCAGCAAAUGGGCUAAAAUCAAGCAGUGAUGAGAAGCAUGCGUAGAAAUCGAUCUGCGUUUGAAAUAUGAAAAAAUUGCAUCAUCACUAAGCAAUGAUGACGAAGAGAUGAAAGCAGCAUAAGCACAGGCGAGAGGUACCGGCUCCUCAGAUCGCCAACCGAGGGGAAACGCCCAGAAGUGAGUGGUAGUUUGACCAUCAGGCAUCAUGCGUCAAACAUGUUUGCUACGUUUAUAUUUCUGUUUUCAAGUUUUAAUGAUUGUUGUUUGUUUUUGUAUGCUAAUACAUCAGCUAAUUUCUAUAGAAGAAUGCAUUUUUGUUAGAAGCCAAAAUACAGCAGCAUAUUUAGUUCCAUCACUUUUUAUCUGCCAGUUCCGUACACCAAAACAUAGCGUAUUUGAUCAAAAAUGGCACUUAACAUUGACUUAGAUAUGAAAAGCAAAAUAUGUACGAAUUGAAGUGAAUGCGUAGAAUUGAAUAGAAGUAAAUCCCAUUUGACUGAUGAAUUUCAAAAAAUAAAUCUAAUGUUUACGUUUACCAUGUAUUAAUUUAAUAACAAAUGGUUUAACAUUGGUCAUAAAGAAAUGAUAGUGACGGGUGCAUGAGUAUCACCUAUCUUGAUAUGUUUGAGUAAUUUGAUUGGAUUAUACAUAUUACAUGACUAUAUAGUAGUAGGCAUUUGUUAACUAUUUUGUAACUUAAAGAAUGUAUGUUAUUUACCCUCCCAGCCUACCACUAGGGUAAAAACAUGGUUUUCUUAUGUCCAUCCAUUAUUACUUUACCAGUAGAUAGCCUUACACGUCAUUUGAUUUGAAUUCUGAUUUGAACUUCAACAUUGAUUUUAACUUAAUAUUUAUUUUAUGUUAUCUUAUUUAAUGUUUUUUAUAUAUAAUUGUUCAUUCCAAAAUCAGCAAAGAAUCUUAAUGGAUAUAAAUUAAAUCAUUAAUUAACUAAUAUAAAUUGAUGAUUAGCUAUAGUUACAUAAAUCAGUUAUUUGCUACAUAACAUGAACUGACAUUGUCUAUAUGUACAAACUUUUCUAGUAUUUUUUUAAUGUAAAGUGUUAUAUAACAUACAUUCGAUAACUAGACAAUAUUGUUAUUAUUAGUUCUAUUAUUAUUAUUAUUUAUUAUUAUUGUUAUUGCAUGGCGAAGUCACAAUGACAAUUAAUGGUUGAUAUGUAUGUGUUGUACUGCAAGCACUUAUUAUUACUAAUAUUAUGAAUAUAAUUCAUUACAUUAUGAUUCUUCAGAGUUUGUUACAUACAGUACAUUCUGCAGUCCAACUUAUCGAUGUUCAAAGUAUGUGAAUGAUUCAAAAUCUAAGUUAAAAGAAUAAUGGUUUAUUUUACAGCUUUAUUCUUAACCAAUACACUGUUGAAAUCAAUUAAGAAGUGGUCUUAAUUUGAUGCCAGUUAAUAUGAAAUUGACUAAUUCAGUUUGAUUUGAAUGUAACAUUUCUAUUGCUUAUAUCCAUAAUACAGAUAUCUCUGCUAUUUAUUUUUAAAAAGAAAAUAGUAAUUAUUUACUUUUUAAAAGGAUAAUCUAAAAUGUUCUUGAUAAAAUGUAUGUAGAAAACCAUUUAAUAGUUUAUUGGAUGAGAACGUUCCAUGAUAAAUACUGCUGGAGAUGUACAUAGAGUAACAAAGCAGCUAACAAUGGAAUUAUUGUGUUUUAACCAGCAGCAUAAUGAAGCAAUAUUUUUUAACUCAAUGUUUUAUAAAUUAUAAUAGAAAAAGAAUCCUACAAAAAAAAACAACAGGCAGUUAAAGCAUUUAAAAAAAUGUGGAGAUUGGAUUGUCAAAAUAAUACUAUAUGUUGUACAUAAACCUAUCUAACUUGUUGCAAUGUUAGAAAUUGGUUGUAUAAUAGUGAUAAAGCCAUGUUUAAUUAAAUGCCACAACAUUUUUUUGGAAAA